AUGUGCGGAAUCUUCGCUAUUUUGGGCAGCAAGGAGGACACGGAGACCCUCCGCAAGAAGGCACUCGGCCUGUCGAAGCGAAUUCGCCAUCGUGGCCCUGACUGGAACGGCAUCUAUGUGGACCACAAGCGCGUGCUGUGCCACGAGCGUCUCGGUAUCGUGGACCCGGUGAGCGGUGCCCAGCCGCUCUACAACCAGACCGGCACCAUCGCCCUCACCGUCAACGGCGAGAUCUACAACCACAAGGCCCUGCGUCAGUCCCUCUUCAAGGACUACCAGUUCAAGACCGCCUCCGACUGCGAGGUCAUCAUCCCACUGUGGGAGCAGUUUGGCGCCGAGGCAUGUGGCCGCCUGGACGGCAUGUUCUCCUUCGUCCUCACCGACAGCGUCAAGGACACGUACCUGGUGGCGCGUGAUCCGCUGGGCAUCACGAGCCUGUACAUCGGGUGGCACAAGGACGGGUCGGUGUGGGUGGCGUCGGAGCUCAAGUCGCUCAUGGACGACUGCGAGCGGUACGAGGCCUUCCCGCCGGGCCACUACUACACGCCCGAGACGGGCUUCAAGCGCUACUACGAGCCCUCCUGGUGGACCCCCGCCUACGUCCCGCAGGGCGCGGCCGACCUCACGGUGCUGCGCGAGAGCCUGGAGAAGGCCGUGGUGAAGCGCCUCAUGACCGACGUGCCCUACGGCGUGCUGAUCUCGGGCGGGCUCGACUCGUCGCUGGUGGGCGCGAUCGCGUCGCGCCACGCCGCGAUGCGGGUGGAGGAGGAGGAGAAGGAGAAGGCCUGGUGGCCCCAGAUCCACUCGUUCAGCAUCGGCCUCCCCAACUCGCCCGAUCUCAAGGCCGCCCGCGAGGCCGCCACGUUCCUCGGCACCAUCCACCACGAGUUCAACUUCACCGUCCAGGAGGGCAUUGAUGCGUUGGCCGAUGUGAUCUGGCAUCUGGAGACGUACGACGUGACGAGCAUCCGGGCCAGCACGCCGAUGUACUUUUUGGCGCGGAAGAUCAAGGCCAUGGGCGUCAAGAUGGUGCUCUCGGGCGAGGGCGCCGACGAGGUGUUUGGCGGGUACCUCUACUUCCACAACGCGCCGUCGCCGGCCGAGUUCCACCAGGAGGCCCUCCGGCGCGUCAAGAACCUGCACUACUUUGAUCUGCUGCGGGCCAACAAGUCGACGAUGGCCUGGGGCCUCGAGGUGCGGGUGCCGUUCCUGGACAAGGAGUUCCUGGACGUGGCCAUGAACAUCCGGCCCGAGGACAAGGUCUACGCCGAGGGCAAGAUGGAGAAGCACGUGCUCCGCAAGGCUUUCGACACGCCCGAGAAGCCCUACCUGCCCGACAGCAUCCUCUGGAGGCAGAAGGAGCAGUUCAGUGACGGCGUGGGUUACGGCUGGAUCGACGGCCUCAAGGACUACGCCGAGAAGCAGGUGACCGACGAGGAGCUGGCGAGCGCUGCCGCCAAGUUCCCCUACAACACCCCCGACACCAAGGAGGCCUACCUCUUCAGGAAGAUCUUCGAGUCCCUCUUCCACGGCGAGAGCGCUCAGAAGACGGUCGAGAAGUGGAUCCCCACGUGGGGCAAGAGCAAGGACCCCUCCGGCAGAGUGCAGCUCGUGCACGAGAAGCACACCGACGCGCCCCUCCAGCACGACAAGGACUACUAG